UCUCUCUCUGCAUUUUGAAGCCAAAUGGGGAAGCAGAGUAGUGAGAGUAGUGUAGUUGAUGGCUUAAUGAAGCCAGUGAUAACGAUGGUGAUCGCUCAGAUUGCAUAUGCAGCAACGAGUAUAUUCUACAAGGUUGCAGCAGACUCUGGAAUGAAUCUCAGGAUUCUCGUUGCCUACCGUCUCAUGUUUUCAUCUGCCAUUAUCGUUCCUCUUGCUCUUAUACUCGAACGGAACAGCAGGCCCAAACUCACUCUAGUCGUACUCUUUCUAGCUUUUCUCUGCGGAUUAUUUGGGGGAUCAUUGUCAGAAAAUUUAUUCAUAGAGGGAUUAGUCUUAACAUCACCAACCUUUGUUGCAGCCACUGCAAAUCUGAUUCCAGCCUUCACCUUCAUCAUGGCCAUCUCUUUCAGGUUGGAGAAGUUGGCACUAGGAAGCCAUGCAGGGAAGGCAAAGCUUGUGGGAACAGCGGUGGGUCUUGGUGGUGCUAUGAUCUUUACCUUCUUCAAAGGACCAGAGUUCUCCAUCUGGUCAACUCACGUUGACCUUCUUCGAGGACAUCAGGCGGCAACAUCACCGUUAUCGUCCUCCUCCCAUAGAAGCACCGGGAGUCACCUGCUGGGCUCCUUCUUGGCACUCGGCUGCGUCGUUUCCUAUGCAAUGUGGCUCAUAGUUCAGGCAAAAAUGAGCAAGAGAUAUCCAUGCCAUUACUCGAGCACGGCUCUAUUGUCGGUCAUGGGAUCGAUUCAGUCUGUAGCUUUUGCUCUCUGCGUGGAGAGGGAUUGGAGCCAGUGGAAAUUGGGUUGGAACAUCAAGCUUUUUACAGCUGCAUAUGGGGGAAUUGUGACUUCUGGGAUGGUGGUGGUUUUGAUCUCAUGGUGUGUACGCAAGCGAGGUCCAUUGUUUGUGUCAGUUUUCACUCCGCUUUCCCUAGUGAUUGUGGCCAUUGCUAGUUCUUUAUUGCUCAAUGAAAAGUUAAGCCUAGGCAGCGUAUUUGGAGGGAUUCUAAUUGUAUGCGGGUUGUACAUGGUGCUCUGGGGGCAGAGCAAAGAGAUGAAGACGAUUAAUAAUGUGACUGAUGAUCAAGAUCGACAACAUCCAGCUGCAGCAAGGCUCCAAGAUUCCCAAAUCAUCCAAGUCGUCGCAACGACUCGAUCAGUUGACACUAAUACCUCGUGUGAGAACAUCAACACCACAAAUGUUGGGUCUAUUUGAUAAAAUUUCAAUCUCUACACCACAGAUGUUAGCUAG